AUGGAGAAACCAUCCGAAUUUUUCUUGGAUAGAAGGAAAUCAUCAAGAGCACCACCUAAGGGCGAACCAUCAGCAAAGGAAUGGACUGCCGCCUGUAUUUCAACAAACCAUCAGCAACAUCAACAACCCUUUAAUAAAGGAGGACAGGCGUCGAGCUCAGGAUCUCCGCUUGAGAACCUAUUGAAGGAAUACAUAGCCCAAAAUGACGCAUUGCUGAAAAGCCAGGUGUCAUCUAUCAGAAACCUGGAAAUUCAGGAAGAAAGAACGCCCGAGACUACAAGCCAUUCAGAACCUAGUACAUCUAACGCAGGAAAACUUGAGGUGACUUUGAACGCACCAUUCCCUAGGCGUCUGAUGAAGAAGAAUGAUGAACAGCAAUUCAAGCGCUUUCUUGAGCUCCUGAAGCAGCUGCAUAUCAAUAUUCCACUUAUAGAGGCUUUGGAGCAGAUGCCAACAUAUGUCAAAUUUUUUAAGGACAUUUUGACGAAGAAGAGAAGAGUCAGUGAGAAGGAAGUAAUAGCGCUAACGCAGGAGUGUAACGCGUUAGUAAGCAACAGUCUACUAAAGAAGCAGAAGGACACUGGGAGCUUCACAGUUCCUUGUUCGAUAGGAGGAUUGGAUGUGGGUCAUGCAUUGUGCGAUCUAGAAGCCAACAUUAAUCUCAUGCCACUUUCAAUUUUUAAGAAAUUGGGGAUUGGCGAAGCACAACCUACUUCUGUUACUCUUCAGUUCACUGACAGAACAAUUAAGUACCCAAAAGGGAAAAUUGAAGACGUUCUGGUGAAGGUUGACAAUUUCAUAUUCUCAGCAGACGUUCUGGAGGUACCAAUUAUCCUUGGACGCCCCUUCUUAGCUACUGAGAAAGUUUUAAUUGACGUGCAUAAAGGCGAAUUAACUAUGCACGUGGACAAUGAAGAGGUGAAUAUUGAGUUGCCUGAAGAAGAGACUCAUGUAUGUGAGGUCCUCGCAUUGGAGGAAAGCCUGGAAGAAUCAGAGCCGCCAAGUCUGAGUGAACGACGGACAAAACCAAUGCGUCCUUCACUUGAAGAACCACCAGAACUUGAGUUGAAACAGUUACCUGGACACUUGAAAUAUGCAUUCCUUGGAACCAACAACACUUUACCUGUGAUCAUUUCCGCAAACCUUACAGAGCCUAAUGAGCAAUCUCUCUUGUAG